CAAACCGGCUGUCUGCCUCCAUGCUCUUACAGCACAAAAUGAACUAGUCUGGCAACGCAACUGUUAAAACAUGUACAGUGAGCUAGCUGGUUGCACCUCCACCCCCGUAGCCUUAAGACACCACUCCCCUCCUCGUCUCACUCCGUCGUUCCACGCACCACUGAGGACACUUUAACAUUAGAUUCACUUUCUGCACUUCUUACAGCCAUUUAGUCCACUGAGGGCGUGUGUUUCCUCGUGCGGGUUGGUUGGUCUGAGGUCUGGUGCUCACAGUUGGACCAUGUCAUGCUGGCUGUAGCAGCAUGUUGAAGGGAGCUCUUGUUUUGUACUAUUUCUUUGCACUUGGUCAGCCGCUCUGGGCUCAGGAUGAUGUCACAGCUGCUGCCAUCACUCCUCAGGACUGCAGCCUGGACUGUAUACGACAGAGUGGACCUGGAUGUGAAUACUGCAGAAUAACCAGAGCUGAUGUCAGAAAGGCUCUGGGAUUUAACUCCCUUCAAGCAUUUGGAAGUUGUAUUCCCUGGCCAUGUUUCAAGUUGCUUGGGGAGGAGGACCCUAAAAUCUGUCAGCACUACGUCCAAGCACCAAAUGAUGUAAAGGUUGAGUUUGUCAGUGAGCCUAACCCCAAAUCUGACACCAUUGUUGUCUCCUGGAAGCCAAGCUACUAUGGAAUUGCCUUCCUGCGAGGCUUUCAGGUAUCCCUGCAGGCUUUGGGAGGGUCAAGUGUUGCCUGUCAGCUCUUUCUCUUUCACCGUAACCUCUCCCUCCCAGCUUCACACGCUGAAAUGGUGUACAAGUCAGACCCUUUCCCCAGCCUCCCCCUUGGGUCCCAGUAUGCUGUAACUGUCAUGGCUCUGCCAGUGCCUGAGGAGUGGGAGAGGUUCUACCGCAGCAAGAUCUUCUCCACACGCUCAUGUGCAGAGAAGAAUGGUCUUGAGCAGUGCAAAAAAGACUGGUACCCCAAACAUAUUGAGGUCCAGCAGGAAGGGACUGCCAUCACCGUGACAUUUAACCUGGCUCCCCCGAACCUGGGCAUCAGAAGCUACUUCUCACUGUGUUACGCGAACGGCAAGAAGAAAUACACAGACAUCACGCCUAAUUCCAGCAAAAACAAAACUCACCACAGCUACCAGCUGAAUGAUCUUCAAGAAGGAACCAAUUACACAUGCGAGAUUGCAGCCAAUGAAGUGGAUGCAGUGAGGAAAACAUUCAGUGUUCAGGUCAUGCACAUUCAAAAUGGAGGUUCUUCAACACGCUCUGUCACCCCCUCAUUGGCUCUGAUGAUUCCACUGUGCCUGGCUGUGGUAGCCAUACUUGUAGUCCUACUGGCUGCUCUCAUCAGGAGGAGGACCAGGCUACAGAUAACAAAUCUUGAUAUAAAACCAGAUCUUAUCAAGCAGCAUCAAGAGAGCGGGACUCAGGAGGAAGUGACAUCACUGCAAAGAAACAGGCUGACCCCUCCUCGUCUUCUGAUUUGCUACAGCAGCACUGAUGGCCCCGCUCAUGUCAAAGCCGUCAUGCAGUUAGGGGCCUUCAUACAACAGCACAUGGCCACUCAGGUGUGCCUGGAUCUGUGGGACUCUCUGAGCGUGGCUGAGGAGGGCAGUAUGGCCUGGCACUGCCGACAGAUUAGGGAGAGUGACUUCAUCUUGGUGAUCUGUUCCCAAGGCCUCAACCACAGACCGCAGCCUCCACAGGGUGGUGAUGAAGGUGAGGAAGCAGACAGAGAGCUUGUCUUUGGGUCCAACACCUUUAGCUCCAACGCAGCCGUCCAACUUAUCGGAGAGGAGGUGGGCCGAGCCAAAACCAGGGGCCAGGACCUGUCCAAAUACAUGGCAGCCAUUUUUGAGUAUUCUCAGGAAACGGACAUCCCCACUGAGCUGAGGCUGGUAUCUCACUACAUGCUGCCAAAAGACUUACAGCUACUCUUCUCUCACCUCCACGGAGUGGCUCUGCACAGGCCGGGCUGUUACCUGAAGGUAAACCAUAUCUCAGAGGAAGGCUUUACUGAGUUACCAGCCGGAGCAGCUCUGCAGUGGGCUAUCUAUGAGGCUCGGAUGGCAAUGACGGUAAAAAGGCAUCACUAUGCAGAGGGAGGGGACUAAGCAGUAAAAAAAAAGAAUCCAUACUCCCUGACUUAAUUGUAGUUCUCAACCCAGUGUUGGAGAAAGAUAGGCCUGAUGAAAACUACCAGACAAACUGGCCAGACAGGAGAAGCUGUGAGCUCACAGCUGGAACAUCUACAUCCUUGCUGCCCUGCCAUUAAGAAAUCGACUAACCACCUAUGCCUCAGUUGUGUUGCAGUGGCAGCCACCGUGCACUUUGACCUCUUAAAUGUGUUACAUGCCACGUAUGUGUGUGUACAAUAAGGAUUUAUAAAAAAAAAUAAAAUAAAUAAAAUUAAAAAAAAAGGAAAGAAAGAAUGUCCAGUAAUGUGUGUAAUGGUCCAUAAAGAUAUCUUUGUCUUACAAAUGUAUUUGGCAAAUAUAUAUUAUUUGUUUUCUUGCAAUGUCAUGUAAAAGUAUAUUUGUAAUAUGAGCUUGUACAUAAAUUAACUAUUAAUCUCAAACAUGAGUCAUUGAAGUAUUCUGUAAGAAUGUUUGCCUUGAAGUACACAUUGUGUAAAUGCAUGUUUGUAGUUUAUUUAUGCAUGUGCAUAUCUCAUAUACAUAAGAAUGGAUUGAUAGGUCUUAUUUUUAAUUUCGUGCUGAUGCAAGGUUACACAUGUGGAUAAAUGAGUUGUCUUGCAUUUUGUAUUUAUUCUUGUGAAAUAUGGAUUUUCUAUUGUGCAUCUAAUCAUCUGAUUAAAAUAUAAGACUAAAACAAAUGUUCUCUGGCUCAUCAAAUACGUGUGAUGUGUUCAGUGUUGGGGACGCUACUUUGGAAGCAGGGCUUUGCAAGCUGCUUCACACUGGAAGAAGUUGAACUACAGCAAAACUACCCUCAGGAGAAAUAUAGUUUGAUUAACUAUAGCUAGUACUAGUUGUGGUCAAAGGGGGCUCAAUUACAGUAGAGAGGCAAUGGUAAUAUAAAAAUAAAAGUCGUUGCUUCCCUUUUAUGGUCCAAAAUUGGGAGCUUCUCGCGAUAUUUUGAAG